AUGAGAAUAGUAUCUGUGGUGAUUUUCUUUUUAACUUUAUAUCAAAGUACAUUAGGUAAACCCAUUAUUUGUACAGACAACUCACCAGUUCAAUAUUUUAGAAUACCAAAACUACACAAAUGUAAUUAUCAUAGAAUCCUUAACUCAAAAUCAGAACCAGUUCAAUAUGAAGUUUUUAAACCAAACAUUAUUGAAUACAUUUCAGAUGCUAAACUUUGUAAAAAAUUAGUUAGUGAGGUUUCAAUGUACACUGACUUUUCUGGAUAUGAACAUACAGUAGAAAAAGAAUUGAACAACUAUCCCAUCACCCUAGCUGAAUGUAGAGAAAUGAUUAAUAGUAAGAAAUGUGGUUACGGAACUUUAUCAAAAGGUAGUUCUAACGUAUGGAGUACAAACAAUAAAAUCGAAGUUGAUUAUCCAAAUAGAUUUACAAGCUUCUUCUCUCCCAAAAGAUUCCACAAAGAAAAUUGUAUAGUUAUUGAGACGAAAGUUUAUUCACAUUUCAAUCAAACAAGGCCAACAAAUAUUUUAGCUGAUAUGAACAAUUGCAAGUAUCAAGACGGUUUUUGUGAGGUUAAGAAAAAUGAAAUCAUCACUUGGGAUGUUAACAGAGAUCAGAAAUGCCAAUUCAUCUCUAUUGGAAUACUUGAUGGGAUGUACAAUAACAAACUUUGGGUUAACAAUAAGAAUCAAAUUGCUUUAAACUUCCAAACAAACAAAACAGUACAAGAUUGCAACUCAAAUCUAAUGAUCAGUGAUGAAGGAUUUGCUGUAAAAAGAAUUGAAAGAUCUCAAUAUUCUCCAAGACACAUUCCUAUUCCAAUCCCAUCAUAUUCUCAACAAGAUAUUCAACGUCAAAGACAACAACAAGAGGACGACAGAAGAAAACGUGAACAAGAAGAACUCAGAAAACGUGAACAAGAUGAAAUCAAAAGACGUGAACAAGAAGAACUCAGAAAACGUGAACAAGACGAAAUCAAAAGACGUGAUCAAGAAAGACAAAAACAGAAUGAAGCUGAUUUUGAAAAGAGGAAACAAGAAAAGCUGAAGAAGGAAGAAGAACUCGAGAAAAAGAAACAGGAGAAAACUAAAAAAGCUCAGGAAGAGGCUGAAAGAAAAGAAAUCGAAGCAUUGAGGAAGCUACGGAAAGAUGAAGACUGGACAGUUCAUGAUGAGAAAUCGAAAGGUGUAGACAAAAAAUCCAACAGAACUAAAAGAGAAGUCUUUCAACCAUUGCCAUUACCAGAUUACAACGAAUAUCUAAAAAUCAAACAAGACUGUGAUAACUUACCUAGUUAUGAAGCAUUCAAGAAUAGCAGAGAAGGAUGUGAUUCACUUACAACUUAUACAGAUUUUAUAAACAACAUUGCAAAUUAUGAAAAAGAACAACACUUAAACCUAUCUACAGAAGAAACAUGGCAACCUUUACCAUUCCCAGGAUAUGAAGAAUAUUUGAAUAUUAAGGAAGAUUGUGCUAUUUUACCAAGUCACGAUGAAUACAAAACUAUCAGAGAAAGCUGUGAUGCAUUCCCAAGUUACACAGAAUUUAUAAAGAGGAUAGCAAACUAUGAACUGUUCGAAACUGGAAAACAAAGAAGAAAAAGAGAGCUAUACUCUGACUUCCAAGCAGCAGGAGAAUUCCAAUAUCUAGAAAACCAAUCUAACAAUCUUCUUCGACAUACAACCGAAGUCAUGUGUGAUAUUUUUAACGAGCAAAAUGAAGUUCUUGAAAGUCUUAUAAGAGAAAGUCCAAGGAGAUACAUUCAAAAACAAUUGAAUCAUUCAGCCAUCAAAGUAAGAUUCAUAGAAUCUUCGGAAGUUGUACAAGUUACAUUCUGUAAAGAAAUUGAUGAAGAAGAGAUUGACUUUAUCGAUGUUACUCAUUUUGAUGGAUACAAGUUAAGUAUUGCUCUCACACUCGGACAAAUUCCAAUCAAGAUAAAAAGUCUUGGGGAUAAGAUUUGGUAUUACAAGAAUGAUAAUUUUGGAGGAGUGAUAUCAAGUAAACCACAACUUCACCCUAUGAUUGAUUAUAGAACUAACAUUACUAAUAUGAAAGAUUUCAAAGAGUAUGAUUUAAAGUUCCUAGACGAUAAAGUAGUAUUCCAUGAACACAUUCUUCUAGACAUGAAGACUAAUAUUGAAGAAGAACUCAUAGAAGAGAUGAGAGAAAAAUCUGAUGUUUCAAUUGAAGUACAUGCUAGUAAUCAAGACUCUACAAUGCCUCAUGAAAUAUUAGACGAUGUAGAAGGAUUCUUUGGAAAGUGGUGGCUUAGAAUUUGGAGAGUUGGUGUUACUUUGCCAGCAAUGUUCGUAUACCUAUUUAUAGCUAGAUCAUUUUGGAUGAUACUUUCUCCAAAAACUUUUAUUGAUAGAAAAAAUAGAAAAAGGAAAAGGGAGUAUGAGGCUGUAGAACUAAGAGAAAUGCCGUCUAUUCAAUCUCUUACUGUUGAUUAA